GCGAGCGGGGAGGAGGACUGGGCAUGCUCGGCGGCGGCGCUGCUUUUGGUCACAAGUAGGAAGCCGCCAGUGCACGACACCGGCAAAGAGAAGCGGGAGCCGCUGCCGCAACGCGGCUGUGGGGUCCGUCGCCGCCGCCUCGGAGCAGGAGCGGGGCGGGCGAGGGCCGAGAGCCGCCCAGCCCGCCCUCUGCCUCUGUGUCCGCGCGCUGCGCCGGACCCCUGCGUCGGUCACCUGGGCGGCAGGGACCCCGCGCCGGGAGCCGGGGCGGACCGGACCCUCCCUCCGCCGGCUGCGGCCCGAGGGCGCCCCCCCGGGGCGGAGCGGCCGCCGCCCUCUGCGGGCAGCUGAGUGUCCGGCUCGCGCCCCGCGCCGGGAGCGAGCGGCGCCGGCAGCCCCGAGGAGAAGGAGGAGGAGGGGGCGGCCAUGGGGCUGCUGUCCCAGGGCUCGCCGCUGAGCUGGGAGGAGACCCAGCGGCACGCCGACCACGUGCGGCGGCACGGCAUUCUCCAGUUCCUGCACAUCUACCACGCUGUCAAGGACCGGCACAAGGACGUGCUCAAGUGGGGCGACGAGGUGGAAUACAUGUUGGUAUCUUUUGAUCAUGAAAAUAAAAGAGUCCGGUUGGUCCUGUCUGGAGAGGAACUUCUUGAAACUCUACAAGAACAGGGGGAAAGGACAAACCCAAACCAUCCUACCCUUUGGAGACCAGAGUAUGGGAGUUACAUGAUUGAAGGGACCCCCGGGCAGCCCUACGGGGGAACGAUGUCCGAGUUCAACACAGUCGAAGACAACAUGAGAAAACGCCGGAAGGAGGCCACUUCUUUACUAAAAGUACAUCAGGCUGUUUGCACAAUUACUUCGUUUCCCAGAUUAGGCUGUCCUGGGUUCACGGUGCCCGAUUUCAAACCCAACCCGGUGGAAGGAGGAGCUUCCAAGUCCCUCUUCUUCCCUGAUGAAGCCAUAAACAAGCACCCCCGCUUCAGUACCCUAACAAGAAAUAUCCGACACAGGAGAGGAGAAAAGGUUGUCAUCAAUGUACCAAUAUUUAAGGACAAGAAUACCCCGUCUCCAUUUCUAGAAACGUUUCCUGAGGAUGAUGAGGCAGCAAAGGCUUCUAAGCCUGAUCAUAUUUACAUGGAUGCCAUGGGAUUUGGGAUGGGCAAUUGCUGUCUUCAGGUAACGUUCCAAGCCUGCAGCAUAUCUGAGGCCAGAUAUCUUUAUGAUCAGUUGGCCACGAUCUGCCCAAUUGUCAUGGCUUUGAGUGCUGCGUCUCCUUUCUACCGAGGCUACGUGUCAGACAUUGACUGUCGCUGGGGCGUGAUUUCCGCGUCUGUAGAUGACAGAACUCGGGAGGAGAGAGGACUGGAGCCACUGAAGAAAAACAACUAUAGGAUUAGUAAAUCCCGGUAUGAUUCCAUAGACAGUUAUUUAUCUGAGUGUGGUGAGAAGUAUAAUGACAUUGACUUAACAAUAGAUAAAGAAAUCUACCAACAACUGUUGCGAGAAGGCAUUGACCAUCUGCUGGCCCAGCAUGUUGCUCAUCUCUUCAUUAGAGACCCACUGACGCUGUUUGAAGAGAAAAUACACCUGGAUGAUGCCAAUGAGUCUGACCAUUUCGAGAAUAUUCAGUCCACAAAUUGGCAGACAAUGAGAUUUAAGCCCCCUCCUCCAAACUCAGAUAUUGGAUGGAGAGUAGAAUUCCGACCCAUGGAGGUUCAGUUGACGGACUUUGAGAACUCUGCGUACGUGGUGUUCGUGGUACUGCUCACCAGAGUGAUCCUUUCAUACAAGCUGGAUUUUCUCAUCCCGCUGUCAAAGGUUGACGAAAACAUGAAAGUUGCACAGAAACGCGAUGCUGUUUUGUGGGGAAUGUUUUAUUUCAGGAAAGAUAUUUGCAAAGGGGGCAACGCUGUGGUGGAUGGCUGUGGGAAGGCCCAGAACAGCACAGAGCUGGCCACGGAGGAGUACAGCCUGAUGAGCGUAGACACCAUCAUCAACGGGAAGGAAGGUGUGUUUCCUGGGCUGAUCCCGAUUCUGAACUCUUACCUUGAAAACAUGGAAGUGGAUGUAGACACCAGAUGUAGUAUUCUGAACUACCUAAAGCUGAUUAAGAAGAGAGCAUCUGGAGAACUAAUGACAGUCGCCAGAUGGAUGAGGGAGUUUAUCGCGAACCAUCCUGACUACAAGCAAGACAGUGUAAUAACUGAUGAAAUCAACUAUAGCCUUAUUUCAAAGUGUAACGAAAUUGCAAAUGAAUUAUGUGAAUGCCCCGAGUUACUUGGACCAGCAUUUAGGAAAGUAAAAUACAGUGGAAGUAAAACUGAGUCUUCCAACUAGACCUUGUGCAGAGGGACGACUGCAUUACUGUCCCAUCGAGGCACUGACUGCAGUACUCCAGCCCUGCGCGUGGUGUGAAGACCAAAUCAUAGAACUGCACUGUGUCCUGAGCCCAUCGGCCAGAUGGGUUUAGAGGCUGCCUUCAGUAGGUGAACCUAGAGUUUAUACAGCGUACAUGUACAUAGUAAAGUAUUUUUAUGAUUAACAGUGUAUUUUAAUAACAUUGUAUCUAAAGUCAUCGUGAACUGGCAUGUACAUUUUUCACUUCUUAACUCUGGAACAACUACUGUCUAAACAGUUUUGUAAAUGUAACGUACUGGUCAUUGUACUAGACCUGCAUUCCAGAGUUGACAAUGUUGACUGUAAAUUUUUGUUUUUUUUUUUAAAGACUUUACCUGGGACCUGAUUCACCGAAAUUGAUCGCUUCAUUAUAAAACCAGUCUGUCUUACUGACUUGCUCUGAGUCAUCUCCUCCUUUCUUGCGUACAUAGAACCACUAUGGCUCCUCCAAGGCGCUCCUAGGGUGAGCUUGGGUUUCUGGCACCUUAUCAAUGAUGUUUCUUUGCAAUCGGAACAGCUCACCCCUUGGUCCCCCUGCCCCAAGCUUUCACCACUAAAUAAAACCCAUGAACUGAUGGCUGUUAUAGAAGGUAUUUUCCUUCUUUAUUUGUUAUGAAUUUGCUGAUUCAGGCAUUAAGUUUAAAGACAACUCCGUAUUACCCCAAAUUCACAUGUAGUGAUUAUUGGGGGUGAUAAUUUUUUAACUAAAAAAGGAGAGAGUCGUUUUUCCUCCUGUACCUACCCAGAGUAAUGGUACCAGCUCUUCUGUUGAGGCCCCUGUAUACUGAAAUUUCCAAAUCAAAUGCAGUUGCUGUAGUUUUUGUUUUGUUUCUUUUUUCCUAGUUUCCAGUGAGCAUAUUGACAGACGUUCUUCUAAAAGCCAUUCAGUCUAGAUUUUACCUGGGAAUAUUCUACCUAGAGCUCACCUUCCCUAUGAAACUCAUAAAUAAAUCAUGAUGUGCACUAAGGUUUGUGAAUCAGGACCCUAAAUGUGUAAUUGUAAAUAAUUUAAGUUUCACAUGAUUGUUAGAGCUUUAUGUUGAAGUUUUUUUUUCCCUAGUUAAAAGUCUUAACUGCUUCUGAAAUAAAUAUGUAUAGUAGAUUAUGCAAACCUUUACAGGUAUAAAUAUUUAAACUAUAAUGCUAAUUUUAAGAAAUUGCAAUAAAGCUGCUUCAGUUAAGCCUG